AUGAGUUCUUCUUCUGGUCAAAGCAGUAGCUAUGAUCUCUCUUUCAAGAUCUUGUUGAUUGGUGAUUCUGCUGUGGGAAAAAGUAGCUUAAUUGUUAGCUUCAUCUCCGGCUCUGUUGAAGAUAUUGCUCCCACAAUUGGUGUUGAUUUUAAGAUCAAGCUUCUCACAGUAGGUGACAAGAGAUUGAAAUUAACUAUUUGGGACACUGCUGGACAGGAAAGAUUCAGAACGCUAACAAGUUCUUACUAUAGAGGAGCGCAAGGAAUUAUUCUCGCUUAUGAUGUAACAAGAAGAGAAACAUUUACAAACUUAUCAGAGGUUUGGUCCAAAGAAGUGGAACUCUAUUCAACUAACCAGGACUGUGUGAAGAUGCUAGUUGGAAAUAAAGUUGAUAGGGAAUCUGAACGGGCUGUGAGCACAGAAGAGGGCUUAGCACUUGCAAAAGAAUUUGGAUGCUUGUUUUUCGAAUGCAGUGCCAAAACUCGAGAAAAUGUAGACAAGUGCUUUGAGGAACUUACACAAAAGAUAAUGGAAGUUCCUAGUCUAUUGGAAGAAGGAUCGACAUUAGUGAAAAGGAAUAUUUUAAAGCAAAGACAGGAACCACAGACAUCCCAAGAUGGUGGUUGUUGCUUCUAA